GGUGGGCGCAGCGGCGACGGGGGCGGUGCGGCCCGACGCCCGGCCGGCGCCGUCCGCGUCUGGAGGGGCUGGUUCGGGUGAGGUGAGGAGGACGCUGGGUGCCGCGGCGGGAGAGUCGCCCGGGAGGUCCCGAGAGCCCGGUGGCGGAGGGGCGGACCUCGGUUUCCCUCACGGAGCCGGCGGCGGGGUGAGGGCAAGCACGGCCCCGGGACGCAGGCCGACGCGUCCCCGGGCUCAGCCUGGCACCGGGGGACCCGUCCAACGGGCGACCUCGAGGCCCCCCGGGCCGCGGGACUGGCCGCCCGCCACGCUUCCUCUUCCCGCGCUCUUCCAGGAAUUAGUCCCGGUGCUUUUCAAAUUAAAGCGUUUGCGUUUAGGGAACGUUUGCUCUACUGAGGUCGCCGUAAUCGCUUACUUCGUGCUGGUAACUAAACCCCCAGAGGGCUUUUCAGGAGAAAACACUUAAGUUUUUAAUUAGUUCAAGCUCCAGUGUUUCCCGCUGAGACCUGACGUCUCUAACAGGAUUUUCGUCGUCAGUGCUGCUAUCUCGGCCGACAAAUCGCGUGACUGACCAGUUAAAACGCCCGCAGGGAGUUCGGCUUUUCACCCAGCUCUCAGUGAAUGUGUAAGAGCUGUGGUUUGAGUUUGGUUCUACAGCUUGCCCAGAGACCAGAAAUAGCUGGAAUGCUAUCUUAAACCAAAAAUCUAUUUAAAUGCUUAUUUAAUGCUGCUUAAAUGAAGAAAGAUAUAUAAAAAAUCCAAAACUCCACCUGGUAACUAUCCUGUUGAGACACUGGUCAGUAUGUCACUCAAUCCAAGUCGACCUUCUUCAUCAGAGCUGGUGGAACUUCAUGUUUUUUAUGUCCCUGAAGGAUCGUGGAACUAUAAAUUAAAUACUAUUUCAAUAGAAGUUAUUAACAAGUUUAUUUCUGCUGGAUUUAUAAGAGUAUCUCCUGAACUUACUUUACAAGCUCUGAGGGAGCGCCUUGGUGAGUUUCUCGGUGUAGAUGCUGUUGCAGAAAAAUUUUUAUUUCUGAAAUGCAUUGGAAAUAAUUUAGCUGUGGUAAAGGAAAGGCAAGAAUCAGAACUGAAACUCAAAGCAUUUGCUCCUCCAUAUGCUCUUCAGCCAGAAUUAUAUUUGCUUCCUGUAAUAGACCACUUAGGAAAUGUUUAUUCAGCAUCUUCACCAGUUACUUUAGAUGAACGUCAGAGUAAUAAUGAUACCACAGAGAUUAAUGGAAUAAUCCACAGACCAGAUAGUACAACUUUAUCAAAGGAUGAACCUGGAGAUCCAACUUUGUUGGAAAAUAUUUGGAACGACUUUACAAAUCAAGAAGAAGCUGAGGAAAGCCAGACUACACAAAACCACCAUGGAAGUUCUGAGGUGCCAGGAUCAUUGGAAGAGUCAAAUGAUUGUUUGGGAAACCUAAAAAGUCCAUAUCUUUGGAAAGAUGAUGAUGAUAAUACAGCUAUCAAUAGAUGGCAGGCCAAACCGGUGCGUGACAAGGAGCACAUCACCCUACCAGAUCUUAUUGAUUUCCCUUCAUUUCCUUCUCAGCGAGUUUCUUCAAGAUUAACAGAUUCCUCUUUGUUAAAAAUCGAGAGAGAGAAGAUUAUUGAACAAAUGAAACAAGUAAAGGAAGAAAGAAAAUAUCUGGAAAAUAUUAGAGAAGAACUAUUAAAAAAAGUUGAAAAGCUAUUUGAACAAAAUAAAUCAAAACGAUAUCAUGUCUGUGACAGCUGGAAGAAAAAAUACUUGGACACCAAGAAAAUCACAGCAUCACUGGAGGAAGUUUUAACAAAACUUCGAGAAGAUUUGGAACUUUACUAUAAAAAACUACUCAUGCAGCUUGAAGCCAGGGAGAUCAAGAUGCGACCAAGGAAUCUGGCAAAUAUCUCAGAUUCAAAGAAUUGUCUUAUAAUCCAGAUCACUGAAGUACAGCAUGCAAUUGACCAACUUAAGAGAAAACUGGAUACUGAUAAAAUGAAACUCAUAUUAGAAGUUAAGAUGAGGAAACAAGCAGUUUCAGAUUUACAGACACUGAAAGCUGAACUGACACAGAAGAAAAUGGGCACAUCCUUCCGACCACCAAUAUUUUCUGGAAGUGUGCCAACUUCGACAGAUGACGACUGUGAUAAAUCGGCCAGAAGAACAGGGAGCAUUAGCUGCUGCAAUACAUUCUGACCAGAUCUGACUUUGCUCAUCGUAAGACAUGACGAAGAGAAAAUCACAGGCACCCGCAAUUCCCAUGUAAUUAUAGCACCUUUUGUCUAUGUUCU